AUGGCGUCGACUGACUGGUGUGAUCUCCCAACUGAGCUUCUGAAUUUGAUAUUGCAACGAAACGACGAUGAACUCGAUCUCAUUCGAACAGAUUUUAUCAUCAACCAUAGAGAUUUUAAUCUUCGUAACUACUUCUUCUACAAUAACAAGAAGCGUGAAAAGUUCCUUGCAAUCACGUGCAAUGGUGAAAACCCUAUGGUUCUUGGCAUUUCGGACUAUUUCCCCCAUCCUAUGCUGUUCUGUUACCUCAACAAAUUUUGGAAACCCAUUUCCGACAUGUCAACUAAAUAUGUUGAUAUUUGUGUGUUUAAAAGGAGGUUUUACUUGGUAGACAAUACUGGUCGGACAGUUACAAUUGAAUCCGACUCGAGUGUCCAGUUAGUGGAUAAUCCUUUUAUUCCUGGAGAUAGAAAAUUACUGGUGGAGAGUGAGGGUGCCUUGUUGUUGGUUAAUAUUUAUGAGAAUCUUAUGACUUUUAAUGUGUUUAGACUUGACGAGAAGAAUAAAAAAUGGGUGAAGUUGAUGAGUUUAAGGAAUAGGGUUUUGUUCUUUGUGAAUGGAUGUUCAUUUUCUGCUUCAGCUUCGGAUUUGUGUGUUGCCAAAGGGAAUUGUGUCAUCUUUAUCGAUGAUGCAUACAACAUAUGUACUUAUUUCUAUAAUUAUUGCUUGGAUCGAAGUCAGCCAUUGUCUGUGUCUGAGUACUUUGAAUACCUCAGCUUGUUCUCGGCACCGGAGUGGAUCGGCAAAAGUUAA